AUGAAGUUCUCCACCUACGCUCUCCUCGCCUUCGCCAUCUCUGCCCAAGCGCAACGAAGCGAGCUCUCCUCCAUCAGAGACGAAGUAUCCUCCGCCGUCGGUGAAGCCUCAAGCGCCGUCGACAGCGCCCGUGGCUCCGUCACAUCCGCCAUUGAGAGCAAAACCAAAGAAGCUGCUUCAGCCGCGUCCAGCAUCACCAGCAACAUCGACAACAUCAAGUCCAGCUUGUCAACAGCAAGGGGGGCGGCUUCAACUUCUCUCCGUUCAGCUCUAGAGUCAGCUAGUACUGCUCUUGAGAGUGCCAAGGCUAGUGCGACUGAAACGAGCACGUCCAAGGGUGCUGGUUCAAUGCCCACUGCUGCUAUCGCUAUGGGAGCCAUGAUGGGUGGAGCUGCUAUUUUUGUUCAUAUGUAA